AGAGGUGACGCAAUUAAUGUAGAGUCGGGGCACUUCAAGCUAAGUUCACUUUGGAACAUAAAACCUAAGCGAUCUCGUUGUCACCUUCGGCGCCCGUCACUGCCGGGUGCUAUUUGCGGUCAACCCGGCUCCUGUUCCGCUCGAAGCCGAAGUACCGGACAAACAGGUCGAGCCGUGGAGCACCUGCCGUAUCUAUUUAAAGCGGGGGCCAGAAAGCCAAGCGGCAAAACAACCGUGCCCGGCCGACAGCGCGCCUUCGUCGAAUUCACAACCCGGAAAUUAACCGCCGCGAAAAUGAUGCGACAGCUCGCCGAGACGCCCGCCCAGAAGAACUCCCUGUUCAACGCCAUGAACAGCUUCCUCGGGGCCGUGAACAACAUGGACCAGACGGUCAUGGUGCCCAGCCUGCUGCGGGACGUGCCGCUGGGCGACGACAAGCCGGAGGCGGACGAGGGCGACGCGGACAUGUACAGCUACUACCAGCUGCUCAAGUCCAUCCGGCGGGACAUGGAGUGGGGCUUGAGGGUCUCGCCGGCGGUCAAGGAGACGCCGCCCCGGCUCAGCCGCGCCAACUCCACGGCCUCGUCGGCCUCCUGCGCCUCCUCUCUGUGCUCGGCUUCGUCGGAAGACGAGGACGACGACGACGACGAGGAGGACGACGAGGACCUGCAGAAGCAGUUCCAGUACCACCUGGCCGGGCUCCAAGAGGUCCUGAGCAAGCUCACCACGCAGGCCAAGUCCCUCACCAAGCGCUACAAGCAGUCCAUCGGACUCUAAAAGCAAGACCCGUUCUCCAUUGCAAGGAUGAAACGAGCCUUUCUUAUUCUAGAUUAGGAACUUUUGUGUUUUGGGGAGGGUUUUGAAACUUGCACCACCGAAAGGCCCAUCUGUAUUGCUACAGUUUUACUUUGAACUGGCUGAAGCGAAAUUUAAAAUGGCGACUAACCCACCAAUGGACGAUGGCGGAGAAGAUGGCAGCCUUCCUACAUACAUCUCUUGCACUGUCCGAUGUGUUGAAAGUCGACACCGCUCAAUGCUUUAACAAUUCCUCUUGCACUCAAUGGGCGUUGACUUUUUACUUUGAUCGGCAGGUGAAACCUAUUUAAAAAUUGUAUUUGUGUAAUUUAUUACCUCAGGGCGUGAAUGUUUCUUUCAAACAACCGGAGCGGAUGUGUGGGGUGAAUCGCCCAUUUGAAGAUAGUUAAUGUGUGCGUAUGACCAUGCAAUUUCCGCUCUGAUGUCUUUCGGAUUAAAAAAAAAAAAAGAGGAAGGAGGCAGAUGCUUAAAAAAAGAGCCAGUGACUUCCUCGUGCCUCACUUCGGUCAAUGAACUGGAAUCAGCUGAUAGUUCUGCUUUGAGAACAAUGACGAAUUCCAGGAGAUCACUUUGUAUGUCAACAAUCUGACUGGAUCUGCGCCUAAAAGAUGCGUUUGUUUGCACUCUUUAUCUACUGAUAUUUGAUAUGUAAAAAUAAACUUUUGUAUGAACUCA